AUGAUGAAAAAUCAAGAUAACAAUUAAAAUCCGCCUUUCCUAACCUUUGGAGAUUAUGAAAAGGUUAAAUUUACCUUCAGUGGAUUAGACAAAUACAUAGUUAUGGUAUAUUUCUUUUUAAAAUGUAUUACAGGAAUUAAAUACAAAAAUUGCUUUAGAAGAUUUGAAAUUCACAUUUGCCAAUAUUUUAAAAACAGACUUUUUUGCAAAAAAGCUUGAAUAUCAUGUGACUAAAGGAUUUAAUGAUAAACCCUUAUCCGCUUAAAAGUCUUUAGCUCAUUAACAAAUUGCAAGCACUUUUAGAGGCCCAGGUUAAUAAUUGAACAUACAAGUAAAAUUCAUAGAGGAGGGAGCUUGA